GAUUUUCAACCACGGGUAAGACGGAUAUAGAGAGGCGCAGGUGAGGCACCCAAGAUGGAUGUAGUAUGCUGGUUGCUGAAGUAUAGAGGGGAGAGAUUACACCAAAUUGCGAGGGAUGUCACCAAGGGAGACGCAAGGUAGAAGAAGUAGAGUAACAGAGGAAGAUAGGAGAAAGGAGAAGAGAGAGAGAGAGAGAGAAGAAAAAAGAGAAAGGGAAAAAGGAAUGCAGCAGGGUCAAAGGGUAAAAGGAAAAGGAAAAGGAAAAAUAGUAAAAAUAAAGCAGCAAAGAAGCAAGCACGCUUUGGGGAUGAAUCGACGACUUACCGAAAUGGAGUCAAGAGAGAAGAUUGGGCGUGGAGAAGUAUAUUCAGAGUCAGGUUGAAUGUUACGCACAGUCCCAGCUGCAGUGAGUCGUGCGACCAGUGGAAUUUUCCUUGGGACGGAGUCACAGUUCCCUGUCCUUAAUUUCGUAGUG